AUGUGUACUUCGCUUGGCGAUGCUUUACCAAUGAUCUCGUCACCCCGAAUAUUCUGGGUGCUUACGUCACCCGGAGACCCAGUGAGCCAUUUCAUCGAGACCCGUCCGUGGUCUAGCUCUCUUUCGACAGGUGUGCCAGUUGUCCCUCGUCGUCCAACACGUACAAGUGGACCCUCGACAACAGCGAGUUCGAGUAGACGAAUCAGACAGCCCGGAGCACCGACACAUACGCCGGUGACUGCCAAAGUGCCUGGUGAGUGA